CUUUGUAGAAUCUUUAUGAUAGGCUUGUUGGCACGAGCUUAUAAACAGUUGUUGUUUUGCGAAUAUUCUAUCUCUCUCUCUCUGUAAUCAAUCAAUAAUUUUUGUUAAUAGCUAUUACUAUAUAAAGCAUACACUUUCAAAUAUUUCGCCGCACUAGCUAAUAUAAACGCGUAUAAAAUGAAUUCUUCGUGCAGAUACACUCUUAUUUGUAAAUUUUUAUAAAACAAUUUCUUUAUUUAGUUUAAUCCGCUUUACUUGCCCAUGAAAGGUGAUGGAAUUAUUAUCGAAGCUUCGGUGUGUGUAUAUAUAUGUGUAUGUGUAAAAAAUAAUUAUAUUUGUUUAAAAUUUUUAUACUUGUACUUUACAUAAAAUAAAACUUUAAACUUUAUAUUUGAAUAACAUCCAUCAACCUUUCCUUUACAAAACUUAAAAUAGACUUUUCUAAAUUUAGAAUAAAUGAAAAAUUAAAGUAAAUGCUGUUUACUAUUUAAUGUAUUUAUAUAAAUUAUGUAAUUUAUUAAUAUUGCUGUAUUAUAUGUAAUUAUUACAAAAUACAUGUAGUUACUAUUUGGAACGUUUAUGAAGCUAAAAAAAUUCAUUUUAACCGCAAAAACUUAUUAAAAAAUAUGUUUAUAAACAAGAAAAUAGAAUUGAAAUAUAAAACAAUUAAAAACUAAUAAACAAGUGAUAAAAAACAAAAAUCUGAGAAACUUCUAAUGAUUGCUUCUGCGUUUUGUGCUAAAAUAUACAAGUGUGAGGAUGUUUAAAACCAAUGACAUUGGAAGAAGAAAUAAUUUAUUAACAACCGAGCUCCGAAAACAUUUUGUUUACUUCAAAGCAUCUGCGCGUAUUUGCAUAUGCAAGAUAAAAAAUUUCCAACAUCAGUUCCUGCGUUUUAUGUCAAAAUAUACAAGUACGAGGGCAAUGUUUAAGGCCAAUAACGUUAGAAAAAACAUUAUUAACAAUCGAGACCCGGAAGAAUUCUGUUUAUUUCAAAAUAUCUGUGCGUAUUUGAAGAUGUAAGACAAAAAAUUUGUAACAACAGUUUCAGCGACUUGUGCCGAAAUAUACAAGUGCGAGGACAAUGAGAAUUGACGUCAGAAAAAACAAAUUUUUAAUAAAAGCCUUCAAAUAAAGCCCGAAAGCAUUCCGAUUACUCUAUAAUACACGAACACUUUGAAUAUGCAGCAAGAUAAAAAGUUUAUAUAAAAAUAAAUAUGUAAAUAUAUAAGAUAUAAUUUAUAAAAAUGAUAGUAAUAUAAAUAUAAAACAUAAGUAAUAAUAUAUAUAAGUAAAAAAAUCAAUGGUAAAUAAUAUUUCUAAAAUAUUCUUCGAGACAUGCGUAAUUCACAUUAUUGCCGCACAAUCAAUAACGGAAUUUUCUGAUAAAUAAGGUUUUUUCCGCUUUUUUACAUAUGAUGAUAAGUAAAGAAACAUUUACAAUUGCGUGAUAUUCAUAAAUGAAUGGUUUUAUAUAAUUUCUGUAAUUACUUUACUCAUUUGGUUAUCUUAUUGACUUUUAGCAUUAUCUCGAUUUACUUAACUUUUAGAUAUGAAGGUAUUGCAUCAUAUCUUUCUUUUAUGCAGAAACCAUUGAUAUGAAUAAAUUUCAUUCAGAAUAUUUUUUUAAAACAUUAGCUCUUGUUUCUCCCCACCCGGUCAGUAAACUGUUUCAUAUAAAUAGUAGUCGCAACGACAGUUUAAGUUGCAAAAUUCCCGUGCAAGUACACGAGGCAAGUACACAAGCAGCGGAUUAGCGGAUUACACCGAUUCGUAAGCAAGAAGAAACCCAUCGAAGGCAUCAUGUAUCUUUUGCCAUUGUUAUUCGUGAACCUCUUUUUGGGCUUAAACGCCCACUUCACUUCGGGACUCGCUGGCGCGGGACUCGCUGGUGCGGGACAGGGUUUCGCAGGACAGGCUGCCGCUAGACGAGCUGCUGCUGGACUUGCUGGUGCAGGAGUCGCUGGUGCAGGACUCGCUGGCGCAGGACUUGCUGGUGCAGGACUUGCCGGUGCAGAACAGGCUGCUGGACUAACUGCCGCUGGACAGGUUGCCGCUGCACAGGCUUUUGCGGGACUAACUGCCGCUGAACAAUCUACUGCACAGGUUGUCGCCGAACAGAUUGCCGCUGGACAAGCUUUCGGAGGACAAACUGCUGCUGGACAAGUUGCUGCACAAAUUGCCGCUGAACAGGCUUCUGCUGGACAAGUUGCUGCUGAACAGGCUGCCGCCGGACAGAUUGCCGCUGGACAAGCUGCUGCCCAGAUUGCCGCUGAACAGGUUGCCGCUGGACAGACUGCUGCACAGGCUGUUGCUGGACUAACUGCUGUUGAACAAGCUGCUGCACAAGUUGCUGCUGCACAGGUUGCCGCCGCUCAAGCCACUGCAGGAUUAACUGCCGCUGAACAAGCCGCUGCACAGAUUGCAGCAGGACAAAUUGCCGCUGGACAAGUUGCCUCUGGACAAGCCUUCGCAGGACAAACUGCCACUGGACAAGCUGCUGCACAGGCUGUUGCUGCACAGGUUGCCGCUGGACAGACUGCUGCAGGACAAACUUUUGCAGGACUAACUGCUGCUGAACAAGCUACUGCACAGACUGUUGCUGGACAGAUUGUCGCUGAUCAAGCUGUUGCAGGACAUGCUGCUGCUGCUAAACAAGCUGCUGUACAAAUUGCCGCUGGACAAAUUGCCGCUGGACAGGCCUUGGCUGGACUAACUGCUGCUGAACAAGCUGCUGCACAAAUUGCUGCUGGACACAUUGCCGCUGGACAGGCUGGAGCAUUUGCGGGAGUAGCUGGCGCUGGACAUGCUAGACAUGUCAGACAUGUUGCAGGACAGGCUGGAAAAGCUGCUGCUGGACAGACUGCUGCUGGACAAGCCGCCGCUGGACACGCUGCUGCUGGACAGACUGCCGCUGAACAAGCUGUCGCAGGACAUGCUACUUCUGGACACGCUGCCGCUGGAAAAGCUGCUGCUGGACAAGCUGCUGCUGGACAGACUGCCGCUGAACAAGCUGCCGCAGGACAUGCUGCUGCUGGACAGGCUACCGCUGGACAAGCCGCCGCUGGACACGCUACUGCUGGACACGCUGCCGCUGGACAAUCUGCGGCUGGAAAAGCUGCCGCUGGACAAGCUGGUGCAAGAAAGGCUAGACAUGUUGCUGCUGGACAGGCUGCCGCUGGACGCGCUGCCUUUGGACAAACUGCCGCAGGACAAGGUUUUAUGGGAGUAACUGGCGCUGGUCAGGCUGCUGCUGCUCAAGCUGCCGCUAGACAAGCUGCCGCUGGACAGGCUGCCUUUGGACAGGCUGCUGCUGGACAAGCUGCCUAUGGACAGGCUGCCGCUGGACAAGCUGGUUUUGGACAAGCUGCCGCAGGACAAGGUUUUAUGGGAGUAGCUGCCGCUAGACAGGCUGCCGCUAGACAAGCUGCUGCUGGACAAGCUGCCUUUGGACAGGCUACUGCUGGACAGGCUGCCUAUGGACAGGCUACCGCUGGACAAGCUGGUUUUGGACAAGCUGCCGCAGGACAAGGUUUUAUGGGAGUAGCUGCCGCUAGACAGGCUGCCGCUAGACAAGCUGCUGCUGGACAAGCUGCCUUUGGACAAGCUACUGCUGGACAGGCUGCCUAUGGACAGGCUGCUGCUGGACAAGCUGGUUUUGGACAAGCUGGUUUUGGACAAGCUGCCGCAGGACAAGGUUUUAUGGGAGUAGCUGGCGCUGGUCAGGCUGCUGCCGCUGGACAAGCUGCAUUUAGACAGGCUGGCUAUGGACAGGCUGCCGCUGGACAAGCCGCCUUUGGACAAGCUGCUGCAGGACAAGGCUUUAAGGGAGUAGCUGGUGCUGGUCACGCUGCUGCAGGAAGAGCUGGUGCUUUAUCAAUGGCUGCUUAAAAACAAACGGAAAUAAUUUUUGGAGAAUAACUGACGACGGCGCAAGCAGAAAAGAAGAUCGAAAACUAGACCAACAAUUAACUAAAUUACAAUUUUUUUUUCUUUUAUUUGAUGCAUACUUUUGCAAGCAUUAAAUGUAUUAUUCAGAUGUUUCGCGCCUUAAUAAUUCAUCCUUGAAAGAAAUGUAAUGUGAUUUUAUCUUAAUAAUAAAGUAAAAGGUUUUUAUCAGCA